CACGACAAAAUUAAAUUAGAUCAGGUAAUAAAUGUAAAUUGAAUGGAAAAUUUUAUAAAAAUUAACGUUGAUAAUGUCGGCGUUGGACGACCUGCCCGAUGUGGUGUCUUUCUUCGGAGUCGACUUGAAGACCGGCGCCUUGAUAGUCGCUGCAAUAGGGGUGGUUCAUCCAAUGGCCUACGGAUGUACUUGCUUCACACCCAUAAGCUACCUCAUCGUCACAAUAUGGAUCCUAGUGGCUUUGUUCUUCGCUGCUAGCGUCGCUUUGUUCAGUGGAAUAGUAAAUGACGAUGCCCUGCUUUGCACUAUAUGGAUUUGGUACACAUUGAUAUUCGUAGUGAUUAUGCUGAUGCUGAUGACAUUGCUGGCUCUGCUGUUCACAUCUAGGAGACAGAGGAGUAGAGUCUUUGUUGCGAUCUUGGGGAUGCUUUGGUAUGUCUUGACAAUCUAUUUCAUAUUAGUAGUGAACAGUCAUCGCAAAGCUCUCAGUAAAGCAGAAACAGAAAGCGCAACUAAAGCGCCACCAGCAGGAGGACCAGUAGAAUCAGGGAACGAACCAACAUCAGACGCACCAUCAGGAGACGCAUCACCAACAGACUCGCCAACAGGAGACGCAACAACAGCUGAUGCAUCAGCACCAGACGCACCAUCAUCAGACGCAACACCAUCAGACGCACCAUCAUCAGAUGCGUCAUCGGAUGACCCACCAUCAAAAGAGCCACCAUCAGAUGAGCCACCACCGGAUGAGCCACCACCGGAUAAUUCACCAGAUUCGCGAAAGGCGCUACGCAAGAGUGGUCAUGGGAAAGCGGCCCUAGCUCGGUUAACAACAGCGACUGCAGCUAAACCAAUGUUGCAAUGUACAAUGGUCCCAACAAUUCGCCACAAAAAGGGGCAACGUUUGCAUCAGUAUAAGAAAAAGGAAACCAUACGAAGUAAUGACGCUUAUACAACGUUCCACCAAGGAUAAUAUCAAGGUUUAAUAGCGGGUUUCGUUAUUCGCGUAUCUAUUUAUAUUUUUUAUUUAUUUAUUUGCUGGACAUGUG